AUGUCGAAGUACGCGGCCGCUCAUGAAAAUAUCGAAGGCCCAGGCGACGCCCGUCCUACAGCUGCCCAAAUAAUCGCCGAUGAGAACCUCCACAACGCACUCGUCAAUAAGACCAUCUUCAUCACCGGCGCAAACCAAGGUAUCGGCCUUGAGACAGCCCGCGCGUUGCACUUAACCGGUGCCACCAUCUACCUCGGCGUUCGCGACCUCACCCAUGGCCAAGCCGCCAUCGACGACAUCAAGGCGACGAACGCAGACAGCAAAGGCAGCCUCCACCUGGUAGAGCUCUCUCUCGACUCUCUCGCCUCAGUGCGAAAGGCAGCAGCGGACUUUACAGCGCGCAGCACACAGCUAAACAUCCUCGUGCUCAACGCAGGCGUGAUGCCAGAAACCAAGCAGACAACCGAGGAUGGUUUCGAGAAGACGUUUGCGACCAACCACCUGGGUCACUUCCUCCUCUUCCAACUCCUCAAACCACUCCUGCUGGCUUCUUCAACGCCCCAGUUCCACUCUCGAGUCGUCGCGGUAGCCUCGAUGCUCCACCGUGGCAGCGAAGUGCUAUUCGACGAUUACCACUUCACCAAACGGCCCUACGACACGGUCAUCGCCUACAGCCAAACCAAAAUCGCAAACGUCUACAUGGCCAACGAGAUUGAGCGCCGCUACGGCGUCCAGGGCCUUCAUGGCCUCUCGCUACACCCGGGCAGUAUCAUCACCAACAUGAACCGCCACCAGAUCGGCAAGGACCCCGCAGAGCUCAGGGCCAUGUUUGGAGAGCAAUACGACAUCCUCGCCAAGUCGCUCAAGAGCCCCACGCAAGGAGCUGCGACAACGGUGUACGCCGCUGUGAGCAAGGACUGGGAAGGCCGAGGAGGCAGGUAUCUGAGUGAUUGUGGGGAGGUUGGACCGGUGAAGCCUGGUGAGGGUCCGUUUUCGCUUGAUCAGGGGUUCGCGCCGUGGGCAUACGAUGAGGAAAAGGAGGGGAGGUUGUGGAGGGAGUCGAAUUUGAUGGUUGGAUUGCAAGAGGGUUCUUGA